AUGCAUAGGGAAUCCCGGAAAAAGAACAGUAGGGGUCCAUCUUCACAGGCAACUUUGUGUCAAGCAAGGGUCAUUGAACAGCCCCCGUCCCCCUUUCUUUCCAUCCAUCCACGCAACACCAACACCAACAUGGCGAAGCCUUAUGAGACGGGCGCUGGGAUUCAUUUCUGGGGCCCCUAUGAUGGUUGGAUGCAAGAGCAAUGCCCCAUCAAGCCUAAUGUCGAGCACAAGGAGGAGGAGAAGGGAAAAUCACCGUUUGAAUAUCGCGGCCAGGAAGUGACCUUGACCUUCAUUUCCGAGAUCGUCAACUUGCUGAAGGAGAACAAUAUCCCCCGUCACGUGAUCAACGAUGCCCUGUGGCGGUUCUACGGCUGCCAAAAUCGCAUCACCACCAUUGACCUGGAGACGAACGAGUACGACCGCAGCGGCAAGUGGAGGUCUGGAGAGAGGUAUUUCAUUGGCGCCCUCUGCCCUUACCUCUGGAAAGCACCUCGAGGCCUGGUGGGUGCCAGGCCAUGUCUUUCACUUGCAGCCGGCCCCAGCCACGAGCACCACGUCGAUCUCAACCUGUUCCGCCACGAGGAGUACUUCUUCCAUCUCCCUUCCCCGGGGUCGAACGAACUGUGGGCCUACGACCAGUUGAAGAAGGAGCAAUCGCCCAUCUACAUCGACUCGACCGAUGUCGCCCUCGAACGAGAGGUGGAAGAACCCUAUGCGGUCAAGAUCCUGUGUCCCGCGCGCAUGGUGGAGGCCCUGAUCCGCCUCAGCUUUCAGGAUCGGUACUUGCGCAGCCCCAUGUCGCAGCUAUUGUCGGAUUGGCAAGGGUGGAACGAGUGGGAUCGCACCCUCGUCGGUAUCUUCUGCUCCAUCACGGGCCGCGCCGGGGAGGAGGAAGCCCGCCGACGGGUAAGGACUCCUGGGUUCCAACUCAGAGUCAACAAGACCUUGCUCGAGGUGGAUGCUGAUCACCCCGAGGAGACGCUGCUCACCCUGAAGGGACUGAAGCCCCUUUGGUUCCGAUUGAAGGACUUUCAACCCCUUUUCCAGGAAUACCUUCAAGCCCUGUUCCUCACGAGACGCAACGACCGACCAUGUAAACCCUCGCCUCCUCCCCAACAGGAGCAGAAGCAGGGGCAUGGGCAUGGGCAAGAUCAAAAGCAAUCCGGCCCGUAUCCUCGCGAAUGGCUCGACCACAGUCCCAUCCUUCCACACUUCCAGCACUGGACUGCCUUCUCGGUGAUGAAUGAGUUUGCCUGGCGCUUCAAAGAAGCUGGACUCUUCCCCCCCGGCUCUCCUUUCUACGUCGAGAAGACGACCCGGGCCAUCAAGGCGCUCAAUCACCCCCGGCGCCCCUUCGAUUCGCUUGACGACCCCAUGCAGUUCCCUGGAUUCUGGCAGGAGCUUGCACACAGCAGGGUCGAAUGGCAGAGGCGAGACGAGCAGCAUGCGCGGACCGAUCCCUGGUCCCGACACUACUGCCCUUGGUCUUAG